AUGAAGAUCCCCUACAUCGGUGAGUUCUGUGGCGCAACGUUCCUCAAGAGCUAUGCCUACUUCUCGCAAAGCACUGUGGGCCAGUUUAUGACCUUCACCGCGGACUGCGCUGUGAAGACUGCAAAGAUCGUACACCCUAACGACCCAGUUGAAAGAUCCGUAGUGGAGGAGAAGGAUCCUAAAUACAACGUCUUCCUGCACUGGAACCGUAGCGGGGACAACGGUGGCUUCGUGGCGGUGCUCAUAGCGGACGAUGAAUACCCACAACGAGUAGCUCAUCAGCUGCUCAACAAAGUCGCCGAAGAGUUCAUCGUCAAGCACCCUAAGCGAACCUGGGAACACGCCACCUCCAACACUACGCUUCCCUUCCCCGAACUUAACACAUACAUCGUUGAUUGGCAGAAACCGGAAAAAGCGGAUGCUAUAACGAGGAUACAGAAGGAGCUAGAUGAGACUAAGAUCGUACUGCAUCAGACCAUCGAAUCGGUCCUGGAGCGAGGCCAGAGGAUAGACGAGUUGGUCGCAAAGUCUGACAAUCUGAGCGCGCAGAGCAAGUUGUUCUUCAAAACUGCCAAGAACCAGAAUUCGUGCUGUGUGGUGAUGUAG